UGAACAGAUCGGUCCUUGCAGUCCAGAGGCAUACAAGCUCAAGGACUCAUCAGACUUUUUUCAGUCUAGCAACGGGAGAACUUCAAAACUGACCGCAGGAAGCAGCCACCAUGCCCAAGAAGGCCUUCACAUCCAAGGCUGUCGCCAUUGCCUUUGUCGUCCUGACAGUCUCUGCUAUUGCCGGCAUUAUCACCAUGACCAUUCUGUUCGAAGUUCAGACCUCUAACCUGAACAUGACGGCCCGUCCGACCUGGGCGCCGACCACCCCGGCACCUCCGCCUGUCAUGCGGCUGCCGAGGAACCUCAUUCCUGACAGCUACGAGAUCUCCAUUCAGCCUUUCCUCUACAUCCAAGUCCCCGAGGGGAUAAAUGGCAGCAUGAACAACCAAAGCUUGCUCUUCACCGGAAACUCCACCGUUUACUUUCAUUGUGUCAAGAGGACUAACGCCGUCUACCUCCAGAGCAAGGACCUGGAGGUUUCUGGCGGAUUGCUGAUGAACACUAAAACCAGAGAGAUAAUAAAGGUUUUGAAGAUUAUACACCACAAUGACCACACUGACUUCCUCGAGAUGCCCUUGGGUAAAGCACUGGAGGAUGGGGAAAACUACAGCCUCACUCUGUCUUUCACCGGAGAAAUAUCCGAAAAUCUUGAGGCGCUGUUCGUAAGCACAUAUCAAGAAGGAGAGCCAGCUCCUGAAGAUGACAGAGAAAGACAGAGAUUUCUUGCCGCCACCAAUUUGGAACCGACAAGCGCCAGGAGAGUGUUUCCUUGUUUCGAUGAGCCGGACAUGAAGGCUGUGUUUCAUGUGAGCAUCGUCCACAGGAAAGGCGCAACAGUUCUGGGAAACGGGGCAAAGAAAGGCUCCCAAACUAUAGACGAUGAAUGGGAAGUGACUGAGUUUUUUCCCACAAAGAAGAUGUCCACGUACUUGUUUGCCUUCACCGUUUCUGAUUUCACAUCAUUCAACACCGAAUAUAAAAUCGUGGAAAUCAAAACGUAUGCUCGUCCUGAGGCCACGGCAGCAGGUCAUACUCAGUAUGCAGCCAACGUCACUGGGAGACUUCUUGAGUUCUAUGAGAAGUUAUUUGAAAUCAGUUACCAACAGAAUACGCUCGAUCAAAUUGCCUUGCCAGACUUAGAAGUAGCAGCAAUGGAAAACUGGGGACUGAUCACGUACCAAGAGGGAAACCUGCUCUUUGAAGAAAAUGUGUCCUCACUGCUGCACAAGGAACAGAUCGUCACGAUCAUUGCGCAUGAACUGGCACACCAGUGGUUUGGAAAUCUGGUGACAAUGAACUGGUGGAACAACAUCUGGCUGAAUGAGGCCUUUGCCACCUACAUGUCAUUCUUGGCAGCAGACGAAGUCGAGCCGACUUUUAAAAUUAAAGAACUGUCUGUCUUAUUUAACCUCCACUCAGCGUUUGAGCAAGAUUCUCUGGUCUCAUCCCAUCCUCUCAGCCCUCCUGCGAAAGAUGUCCAGACGACUCUUGAGAUCCUUCAGAUGUUUGAUGUUAUAACUUACUGUAAGGGGGCGGCAGUGCUGAGAAUGCUGGCAGACAUGGUGGGAGAAACGACUUUCCAAAAAGGGAUUAAAAGGUACCUGUCAGACUUCAUGUUUCAAAACACUGAACCGAGCGACCUCUGGAAAUACGUUCAGAAGGCCGUGGACGACGAUAAUGGUUACACCAAGGUUGCCGAGGUGAUGGACUCCUGGACAAAACAAAUUGGUUAUCCAGUUGUCACCAUCAACACUAACAAUGGUGAAAUCACCCAGAGCCACUUCCUGUUCAACGACUCCUCUGAAUCUAGUCUUUUGUGGCAGGUCCCGAUCAGAUACAAGACAAAUAUAUCGGAACCUGAGUAUUACCUCUUGGAAAAAAACUCAGUGCAGACAAAUGACUUUGUUUCUAAGAAAGGAGAGUGGUUCCUGGCAAACAUCAACUGCACUGGAUACUACAGGGUCAAUUACAACCUCGAGAACUGGGGACGCCUCCUGAGUCAGAUGGAGACGGACCAAUCUAGGAUCCCCCUGAUGAACAGAGGGCAGCUCAUUGAUGAUGCAUUCAACUUGGCAAGAGCCAAACUCGUCGACGUGACUCUGGCUCUGAAUUCAACCCGCUUCCUUCAGAAUGAGACAGAGUACAUUCCCUGGGAGUCAGCAGUCAGGAACCUUGAGUACUUUGUCCUCAUGUUUGACCGGUCCGAGGUGUUUGGACCCAUGCAGGCGUACCUCCAGAGACAGGUUGAGAAUCUGUACAACUACUACAAGAACAAGACGGGCUUCACAGAAAUCCCAAAAGACCCCACAUCACAGCGCAGCCAGAUCACCGCCAUAUGGUACGCAUGUUCCAACGGACUCCCAGAUUGCGUAGAGACGGCUUCAAGGAUGUAUGCUGCCUGGAUGUUCGACAUCACAAACCUACAGCAUCACAAAUUCGACAACAACACAAAACCGGAAGCAAACUCAACAUCAACCAGCAUCAACCCCAACCUGCGAUCUGUGAUUUACUGCCAAGCCGUGGCUGCCGGAGGGAAGAAAGAGUGGGAAUUUGCCUGGGAAAUGUAUCAGACCACCAGUGACACCUCAGAGAAAGACCACCUCCGUAAAGCUUUGUCUUGCACCAGGAAAACCUGGCUGCUCAACAGAUACCUGGAAUACACUUUGGACCCUGAGAAGAUACGUCUCAUGGAUGUUGCCUCCAGUAUUACCGAUGUAGCGAGGAACGUGGCGGGGCAGGCGCUGGCGUGGAACUUUAUCAGAGCGCACUGGGACUACGUCAGUCAGGAUGGUGGAUCGUUCCUGAUCAACGAAGUGACCAGAAGGUUCUCCAAACAAUUUGAGCUGGAGGAGCUGGAACGUUUUAAGACUGACUACGACCUGGGUCCUGCUGCCAGGGCAGUGGAACAAGCCAUAGAGCAAACCCGAGUCAACAUCGAGUGGGUCAAAGAGCACAAAGACUCUGUGCUGAACUGGUUUGAAGAAGAGAUGUCUAAGUAGAGUGGACAACAGCGCCUGUUGCCUCGCAGGUCACUGCGGUGCCUGUCCUUUUCAGUUCCGCAACUGAAAAAUGAAGGUUCCUGCUCCUCCUACUAAAUUCACUUCAACAACAAAAAAAAAAUAACAAUAAAAAAAUCCAGUGGAAAUAACACUUAGCCCUGACAAUGCACCAGAGGAAUAAUCAUGAAAUAAGAGAUUCACUCCCCACCAAACUGAAUCAUAAAUGUGCUGCACACAAGACUGAUUGAGUUCAUGAGAGAAAUGUGGCACCAAAGUGAGACAUGUAUAUACUCAUAUCCAUUAUUUAUACAGUAUAGUCAAUGCAGUCAAAAGUAACAAGAUCUUGACUCCUGUUUGUGUCCCGUCUUUGUGAUUUUUGCACAUGAUGCUGAUACAGUAUCGCUCAACCUUAUAUCGUAUAGAAGUAUGUUUGAAAAUGUUUCAUGUUAGAAAAUCUUACACGUUGACUUCAUAAAUCACAGUUUUCUUGCUGCUGUUGCCAACGAUCAAAACUACUUUAUAAUCAAAACUGUUGAAUUCUAAAUUGUGCAGAGGAAAGGGGAUUAAACCUCCAAUGGUUAAAUUAAUUUCCUCGUAAAUAUGUGUUAUAAAUAUGUUUGUUGAGGAGGAAAAAAAAGAAUGCUUCAACUCGAGUAAAAUGCAACAGCUGAGCAUUUGCACAUGUGAGAGCCAAAGGACAGAAACAGAAGCUCCUUUCUGUUUAUUAUAGGGAACGUGCCUCAAAGUGUUUAAUAUAUGUUGUAAUCAAUGAACCAAGUUAUUCUUGAAUUUUUAUGAAAUUGUUAUUUUUAAUAAAAAAAAACCCAUUGA